AUGCUCCUUUACUCAGAAGAGGAUUUUAAAUUAAAAUUCUGGGGUCAUAUUUUUGAGGAACUCUUCAGUACGUCAAACGUCUGUUUGCACUGGGGGGAUACAGUGCCAUUUAUUUUUAAGUAUACCGAAGCCUCGCCAAAAGUUGACUUAAGGAUUAUAUCCACCAUGAGCUGCAAAGAGGGUGGCCAUUCAUUAUGUGAAUUUUCCAAGGUGGCUGAAACAACCAGAUCUUAUCAGGAUAAAUUGAAGCUCACAUUAAUGGCAAAGCAUCAUGUGAAUUCACUUAUCGACAACUACAACAUCCAUAGCCAUUAUCCCUUAGAAUUUGUUGAAGGUAUUGGAUAUGUAAUGAAGCAACUUGAUCGCUGUUGCUUUCCUAUCGCAAAAAAAUCUGUCGAUGAAGGAGGAAUUGAAACUUUGAUCAAAUGUAUUUCUAAUGUCAAGGUAAAUUAA